AUGUCGCGGAGCUCGUCGUUCGACGUGGUGUCACUCUCGAGCGCAGGAGAGUCGUUCGACUGUAUCUCCCAGGACGGGCUCUUCUCGGACGAAGAGGAGGAGCGGAUCGUGUACCCCAAGGCGUCCGGCGAAGAGCGUGCGCUCGUGUGGGCCGAGGACGAAGAGGACGAUCUCGUCGUCCUGGACCCUCUCGGCGCAUCCGUCCCCGUCGCGUCUUCGACGCCCGCCGACCUCGAGCUCACCCCCGCGAUCUCGUCCCUGACUCUGCACGAAGACCCCACGCCGGCGCUCGAUAUCGCUCGGCCGGUCCCCGCGCCUUCUCUCGAUGGCACUGCUGCCCCAAUCACGCCCCAGCCUGCCCCUGUGAAGAAGCCUGGCAAGCGUGCCCGUAGGAGGGCCCGCGCCGCGCAGGCCGCUGCGGCGUCCGCAUCCGUCGCGACGCCGGCAUCGGCCAAGGCAGCUAAACGCAAGGCGAAGAGGAAGGCGAAGAAAGCGAAGAAGGCCAAGGCGAAAGCCAAGUCACCCGCCACCGCGCCUUCCACUGCGACCGCGACCGCCGGCGCGGCCUCCACAGUCGUAGCCGCACCCGCGAAAGCGAAGUCGAAAGCGAGCAAGCGUAAGAAGCAGGCCCCGAAGGCUGCGGCUCCUGCUGCUAGUAUCGUUGUCGGGUUCGGCACUCGCCCACUCGUCGAGGAGGAGGACGGCAAGGCCACGAGCAGCAAAUUCUACGAAGAAGCCGUCCGAUAUAUCACGAGUUUCCUCAAGGACCCCCUCGGGGCAGAUGCAUCCUCCCGGCUCGCCUUCCUGCAAGCCCUCAUCAUCGAACUCGGGCUCUACACUCCUCCCCCGACCGUCUCCUCCUCCGUGCCCACCUCAUCUCAUACCCCACUCUUUACGCACAUCCCCGACCUACCUCGGAGCCUGACCGCCGCGACCGCGCUCCUCAAGUCGUCCGUCUUUCUCAACGUGCGCGACUACCUCGCCCUUCGCGACCGCGGCCUGUCCGCGCUCCGCGCCGCGAUGCACCCCAGCCGCGCUGCGCUCCGGCGCGAGCUCACGAAGAACAAGGGGAAGCGCGCCGCGCUCGGGUGGGUCAAGGAGAGCGGGCUCGGCGUGCUGCUCGUCUCGACGUGGCACUGA